UGCAACGCCCCGCGCGCUCACCUCUGCCUCCAACGGCUGCGGCCGCGCGUGGUGGGAAGCGGAAGUGCUCCCUUGGCCCGGAAGUGGAAGACAGCGGGAAACGGCCCGAGUCAUCGUCGAAAAAUGGACAGACUUUUACGACUAGGAGGUGGUAUGCCUGGACUUGGACAGGGCCCACCGACUGAUGCCCCAGCUGUGGACACAGCAGAACAAGUCUACAUCUCUUCCCUCGCUCUGCUAAAGAUGUUGAAACAUGGACGAGCUGGCGUUCCAAUGGAAGUGAUGGGUCUCAUGCUCGGUGAAUUUGUCGAUGACUAUACUGUCCGUGUUAUUGAUGUUUUUGCUAUGCCUCAGUCAGGCACGGGUGUUAGUGUUGAAGCUGUUGAUCCUGUGUUUCAAGCCAAAAUGCUGGACAUGUUAAAGCAGACAGGCAGGCCUGAAAUGGUUGUUGGCUGGUACCAUAGUCACCCUGGCUUUGGAUGCUGGCUUUCAGGAGUUGACAUCAACACGCAGCAGAGCUUUGAAGCCCUGUCAGAGAGAGCUGUUGCCGUAGUAGUGGAUCCUAUUCAGAGCGUAAAGGGGAAGGUUGUUAUUGACGCCUUUAGACUGAUCAAUGCAAAUAUGAUGGUGUUGGGACAUGAACCGAGACAAACGACCUCAAAUCUUGGACAUCUCAACAAGCCAUCUAUCCAGGCUUUGAUUCAUGGAUUAAACAGACAUUACUACUCUAUCACCAUCAACUAUCGGAAAAAUGAACUUGAACAAAAGAUGUUGUUGAACUUGCAUAAGAAAAGUUGGAUGGAAGGGCUGACACUUCACGACUACAGUGAGCAUUGUAAACUUAAUGAAACUGUUGUGAAAGAAAUGCUAGAAUUGGCCAAGAACUACAAUAAGGCUGUUGAGGAAGAGGAUAAAAUGACUCCUGAACAACUGGCAAUUAAAAAUGUUGGAAAACAAGAUCCAAAACGUCAUUUGGAGGAGCAUGUCGAUGUGGUGAUGACUUCAAAUAUUGUACAGUGCUUAGCAGCAAUGUUGGAUACAGUUGUAUUUAAAUAGUGAACUGUAAUAUUAUAAACGUGAGGCAUUUUGUUGUGUUUUAUUAUGAGGCGGUUUCUACUCAAUUCACACUAUCAUUGAGACUCCUGAAGACGACCUAAAACCCCAGCCAUUACAUCUAAAGCUGAGAACAAUCGUGCAGUACCUGCCUUUGUUUUUGAACCAUUUUUCAGGACAAAUGGAUUUCAGCUCUGUUUUUCCCAUUUUGUAAAAAUAUAGUCAAAACGAGUGUCCAAAUUUGGUUUUUGGUAUUUGCACUCGUGCAAAUUUUUGCAUCUCAAAACUACCAAUAAAAUAAAAGUUAGAACUGUU